AUGAUGCCACAGCACCGUGCUAACCUUCUAAGGUUUAUUUCAUUGAUAUGUUUGUUGGUUGUUCAUUGGGUUGCGGCGCUCGGCGCCAGCGUUGGUUCCAGGCAGAAUAUCAAUCUGUCGGUGGGUGGACCUCUACACCGCCUGCCUUUGCUAAGGUCUUCCAAAUGGCACACUGCACUAAUACCAUUCGGCCGUAGUGGGUCUGGUAGGUCUAAUGGUAAGUCAAGUCUCCCGGAGGGCGAUCCCAGCUGGGCAUGGGCAAAUAAGGCCGACAGCGCGUCCCGUACUUCCAGCGAUGCAACACAUAACAGUAGUGUGAAUCCUGGACCAGGAUUAACGCCGACUGAGAGCUUGGAUACACGAUCUAAAGGACCAAGUCAGAAAAUAAUCGAGGGUGUAAUCCCCAAUCUCUUUGUAUUGCGAGGCACUUUCGAAGGCAAUAACAACGUAGAGAUACACAUGGGAAAGGAUCCGGCCAACAAAAUUGGUGUAGCUGAGGGCAAUUUAGUACGUGUAAAAGGGAAGAAGCGUUGUGACACCGUUUGCGUGGUGGCAAUUGACGCCAACCUUUCUGAUAACCAAGUUGUCAUACACUCGGACACACGGCGCAACCUUAGGCUGAGGCCCGGCGAUGUGCUGUCAGUUGAUCUCCUUUUAGAUGUUCCAUCAGCCAAGCUGGUUAAACUUUUGCCAUUUGAAGACACAGUGGCACCGAUUCUUGCUGAGAUGCCCCAAGCUGCCAAGGGCUCGUUACCUAAGAUGCUAAUGAAGGUGGCGCUUGAUUUUUUCAGCCGUGAAAUAGCAUUGGGUAAAAAGCGCCCCGUUAGGCUGGGUGACCAUCUGACUCUACACGUAAAAUUCCAGGACGCUAAUAAAACUGCGCUCACCCUGCUUCCAAACGACCACAACGAAAACAACAGCUUUGCCAUUGAGUUCAAGGUCAUGGGAGUGAAAUCCUACAAAGGUGACUAUCGAGGCAUUAUAGACGUUGAAUCUGGUGUAAUUUCCGGUGAUAGCGUACUAGACUGUACAGGACCCCCUUUAUCACGUGAGAAGCACGACAGCGCUCACGGUGAACUCGGUUACGAUGAGAUAGGUGGCAUGGACAAACAGCUAUCUAAGAUCCGGGAGCUGAUAGAACUACCGCUCUUGCACCCGGAGGUCUACAAAGCAGUCGGAAUAUCGCCGCCUAAGGGCGUCAUACUGCACGGACCCCCUGGCACAGGCAAGACUCUUAUCGCACGAGCAAUUGCUUCUGAGACUGGUGCCCAUUGUGUGGUCAUAAAUGGUCCUGAGAUUAUGUCUAAGCAUGUAGGCGAGUCAGAGGCCAAACUCCGUCGGGCAUUCGAGAAGGCAUCAAAGAACGCUCCAGCUAUUAUUUUCAUCGAUGAAAUAGACUCAAUCGCCACCAAACGUGAGAAGAGCCCCAGUGAACUGGAAAGGCGGAUAGUCAGCCAACUGUUAACCCUCAUGGACGGCAUAGAGCCCAGCAAGAACGUGGUAGUACUCGCAGCCACAAAUCGCAUCAACUCCAUAGACAUGGCGCUGCGUCGUUUUGGAAGGUUUGACCGCGAGAUAGAAAUAGCAGCCUGUGAUGAGGACGAGCGCUAUGAGAUAUUGAAAAUAAAGACUCGAGGCAUGCGUUUGAGCCCUGACAUUUCACUUCGGAAAAUCGCGAGUGAGUGUCACGGGUAUGUUGGCGCUGACAUCGCUCAGCUGUGUUUUGAAGCAGCUAUGUGUUGCAUCCGUGAAAACUUGGCCUCUAUGGACAUGCUUCAGUUUGAAGACAAGGUCUCUCCAUCAAUUCUGAACAAACUUGUAAUACAGAACCGCCAUUUCGCAGAAGCGCUAGCGAUUUGUAAUCCGUCUACUCUGCGGGAACGCCGUGUACAAAUCCCUGAGACCACGUGGGAUGAUAUAGGUGGACUUGAGGAUGUGAAGAAGGAGCUUAUAGAAACCGUACAAUAUCCGGUGGAACACCCGGAGAAGUUCCGAAAAUUCGGCCAGGCGUCGAGCAAGGGCGUAUUGUUUUACGGCCCUCCAGGUUGCGGCAAGACUUUAUUGGCCAAGGCUAUAGCGCACGAAUGCAACGCCAAUUUCAUCUCUAUAAAGGGUCCUGAGCUUCUCACCAUGUGGUUUGGUGAGUCCGAGGCCAACGUACGUGAGUUGUUUGACAAAGCACGCGCCGCGGCGCCGUGCAUCCUUUUCUUCGACGAGAUUGAUUCCAUCGCGAAAACCCGCGGAGGCCCGGGUGGUGGUAGUAGCAGCGGGUCUGAGGCCUCUGACCGCGUUAUAAAUCAGAUAUUGACUGAGAUUGAUGGUGUGAAUGUGAAGAAACCAAUUUUCAUCAUCGCUGCUACUAACAGGCCUGAUAUCCUCGAUCCUGCCAUAUGUAGGCCGGGCAGGCUCGACCAGCUCAUAUACAUAUCUCUCCCUGACCUGAAGAGUCGUGAGAGCAUUUUCAAGGCCGCUCUAAAGAAUUCGCCUCUUGCUCCUGACGUGAAUAUUCGCAAGAUGGCUGAGAAUUUGGAUGGUUACUCAGGCGCCGAUAUCGCAGAAAUAUGUCACCGUGCGGCUAGGGAGGCCAUCCGUGAAAGCAUAGAGCACGAGAUUAGACGUGGACGCCGCCUGAUGGAGGGGGAAGAGGACCCCGUGCCAUACAUCACUAACGAGCACUUCAAGGUGGCCAUGGCCAACGCAAGAAAGUCUGUGCGCAAGGAAGACAUCAAACGCUACGAACAGUUCAAAAAGAAAUUGGCAUCUGCCUCUGGUUAA